GGAUUUAUUAUCCAAUAGCACGGAUGUGCGGUUCUUGAUGUCAAUUCCUUAUGUUGCCUAAUUUGACGGUGUAAUUUAUUUCUGGAUUUUCCAGCUUUUGACAAGUCUUCCGGAAGAUGUGAAGAUUGUAGAAGUCGGUCCAAGGGAUGGACUGCAAAAUGAGAAGGACAUCGUUCCUACUUCUGUUAAGAUUGAGUUGAUAAGAAUGCUAGUCACUUCCGGUCUGCCAGUAGUUGAGGCCACGACUUUUGUCUGCCCAAAAUGGGUACCGCAGCUUGGAGAUGCCAAAGAUGUGAUGGAAGCCAUUCAAAGCAUUGAAGGGAUAAGGUUUCCUGUCUUAACUCCUAAUCUCAAUGGUUUUGGAGCAGCUGUUGCAGCAGGGGCCAAGGAAGUUGCAGUCUUUGCUGCUGCUUCCGAGUCUUUAUCAAAAUCAAAUAUCAAUUGCACCAUCGAAGAUAGUCUCAAGCGGUAUUAUGAAGUUGCUCUGGCUGCUCAGAAGCUAUCGAUUCCAGUUCACGGAUAUAUAUCCUGUGUUGUUGGGUAUCCAGUGGAAGGAAUGGUACCGCCAUCAAAAGUAGCAUAUGUGGCAAAAGAGCUUGAUGCGAUCGGCUGCUCUGAGAUUUCCCUUGGUGAUACAAUCGGUGUUGGUACUCCUGGUACAGUAGUUCCUAUGCUAGAAGCAGUCAUGGACAUUGUGCCUGUCAAUAAGCUCGCUGUCCAUUUUCAUGACACUUAUGGACAAGACCUUUCCAAUAUUUUAGUCUCUCUUCAGACGGGGAUUUCUACUGUGGAUUCAUCGGUCGCGGGUCUCGGGGGAUGUCCUUAUGCUAAGGGCGCUUCAGGGAAUGUAGCUACCGAGGACGUCGUAUAUAUGUUGAAUGGGCUCGGAGUAAAGACCAACGUGGACCUCAAGCAGCUCAUGCAGGCUGGGGACUUCAUAUGCCAGCACCUGGGCCGCCGCUCAAGGUCGAAAACUGCAGUUGCCCUGAGUAGAAGUACUGCUCAUUCGUCCAAGCUUUAAUAAGUUCAGUGAGUUGAGUGAUCAUUCUUGCUCGACCUUGUCAAGCUUGCUUCACCCAAUGCCCCUACAUAACUUGGAUUUCCCCGAUUCGAAUGAGCUCCCAAAAUAGUAAUAACUCUUGUAUGUAUAAUUUCUCUUUGGUGGGGAGGAAAGACUCCAUUUUAUAAACUGGAGAGCCUUGAUGGCUGAUGAUAUUCACUAAAUUGAUGACAAUCUGAACAGAAAAGAAUUUAUGUUGGACUAGUCUGUA